AUGGCUCUGAACCUCGAAAAGCAGCUUACCUUCUAUGGGAGCUACCACCACAACCCCGUGAACAUCGGCGUUCACAUUACCUGUGUGCCUUUGAUUAUGAUGACGGCCUUUUUGUUUCUCUCAAACACUCCUGCUGUCGCUCUUCCUGAUGCGCUCUCCAUCCCGAACCUCCCGCUGAACGCCGGCACCGCCUUCGCCGCGCUCUAUUCCCUCCUCUACAUUCUUAUGGAGCCAGUAGCCGGCGGUCUUCUCGCGCCUCUUAUUUUUGCCGGUACUGCCGCUGUCCAGCACCUCCUAGCGACCUACGGCCCAACCGCCAACUACUACGCCAUCGGAGUCCACGUCGUCGCAUGGAUCGCGCAGUUCGUCGGCCACGGAAAGUUCGAGGGUCGCGCCCCUGCGUUGCUCGACAACAUUGUCCAGGCUCUUUUCCUGGCGCCUUUCUUCGUCUGGCUCGAGGUCCUCUUCCACUUCGGCUACCGUCCGGAGCUGAAGAGCCGCAUCGACCAGGCCGUUGAGCAGAACAUCAAGAAGUUCAAGGACGAGAGAUCGAAGAAGGCAGCAAAUGGAAAUGCGAACGGGAAAGCGCACUAG